AUGUUGCAAAUAAAGGUCUCAGCCUUGCCGUAAAACCCACAUUUAAUCAACUAAAUUGAAUAAUUCUUAGUUGACUCCAACACUUUGAUCAGAAAUGGAUAUUAUCGGAAAUGCAUUACGCAUUUGGAUGGACAAUAUAAAAAACUGCUACCAAUCGAAUCACCUUUACUUUUGAGGAUAAAGGUCUUGAGGAGAUUGUGUUAUUGCACGUUAAUGUAUUUCAAGUUGAAAAUCAACAAAAACGAAGUUAAUUAGGGCAAAAAUUAAUUCAUUCUUUGGUCUCGAUUUUAAUUAUAUCUGAGAGAUUUUCAUGAUAGUAUUUCUCUCUUGAAGAUCUAGUUUAAGAAAAAGUUUUGUACUCAAGAAUUGGUAUCAUUAAUGAUAAAGGCUAUACUGUUCAGAUCUCAAUAUUAUUAGAAAAAUCAAAUGGUAGCCAGGGGUCUGUUAUAUUUGCAUCAUUUGAGUGGAACAAUAAUAGAACAGGCUUUGAUAGAUAAAAUAAGGUUUUUCUUAUGCUUAUAAGGGUAAGAAAGUGUUCAAAUAUUUAUUAGAAAAUAUAAUUUAAUUACUGGAAACAGCUACUUUCAACUGCAAAACUAUUAGACCGCUUUGAAAUAUUAUCUUAAAGGACUCGACUUAUAUUAAAGAAAUUUGAUCAUCGUCUAUAAGGAAAUCACACUUACAUCAUUGGAAGAGAUAAAGAUGACUCUUAAUUAUUACACUAAAGAAAUAAUAUUGUCUUUGUUCUUAAUAGCUUUAGUGUAUGAAUAAAUGAAUGACUUUUUAAAGUACCAAGAAACAAUAAAAAUGAUGACUUGGAUAGACUCGAAUUAUUAACCAGAAAACUCAAUUGGAAAGCUAUAUUUCUAAUAAUAUGUUGAUAAUACAAGAUACAUUGAGUAUGCUCUUGAGAAAGCUGAAAUCCUUAAAGUUCUGAAGCAAGCCCUGCCUGAAGAAGAGACAUCUUAAGUUCAUGGAGAAGAAGACCAAUUAAACUAUUACACUAAUAUGCUUUAUGAAUUUAGUGAAUUUACUAAAAUCAAAAGGCAAUAUUAUUAUUAUGAUAAAUCAUAACUACCUUACACUUCUGAAAUAACAGAGAGUGAUACAUAAUUAGAGAAAUCAAGAGCUCUUAAAACUAACGCUAGUGUUCAGAUGGUUUAUAAAUUAUAACCAACUGAAAAUGAAUCAACAGCGUUGUGCAGGUCAGCACUAUUGAAAACUAAGAAUUCAGACAAUGGAUUAUCAACUAGAUUUUAAACAGAAUCAGAAGGGUUGUCCUAGACUAUGAUUCAUGUUUAAAAGUAGAAGAAAUACCAAAAGCAAGUAAAUAAAGAAGAUGUCACAUUGCAAGUCUUUUAUGGUAAGGCAAUUGAGAAGUCAGUUAAAUUGCAAGAAUUGGAAAGUUUAGCUGAAUAGCAUAAUCAGGAUUUAGUUUAAUAGCAGGCUGAUACAUACUCUUUUGAUAAAAAAUUGUAGUAAUCAAAAUAAUAGAUUUGUAAACAUUUUUAGCAUAUUUUAGAAUUUAAGAGAAUAUUUGGAUGUAUUGAUUUGAGGAAAGAUCCCUUUGAAUUCGAAACUAGAGAAUCAAGGAAGAGACAGAAAAAGUAAUAAGCUAAAAAUAUCAAUCAAUUGCAAUCAUUAUUAAGCAUACAAAUUCGGAUUAAAACAAAGACUGAACAAUCUUAAUUGUUAGAGCAAUAUAAUAAGUAGAGAUAGGGAAAUUUUUCAUCUGCACCCAAUAUAUUUUAGCAAUUGUAUAACAAACAUAGACUAAACAAAGAUGUUAGAGUAGAGGAGAAGUCAGCAAUUGUUAAUAAAGAAAUUUGCAAAGAGAUGAGCAGUCAUCAUAAGACUCAAGAUGAGGAACAAUUAAUUAGGGAGAUUAAUAUAAAUACAAAAGAAACAAUCAAGAAAAUGAUGGAUGAGAAGGAAAGUUUAAUAUCAUCAAAACCUUUUUUAGCUAGAAGAUCAUCUUAAAACAAUAAUAUUAAAAAUAACUUUUUGUCGGAGAGACUAAUAUCAAAAAAUGAUAGUUUGGCACAUACGACAGAUUAAAUUAGUAAUUCCAAAAAACUUAAUUCUUUGAAAUCUUUAUUAGAAGUACCUAGAAAUAAUCCAAAUCAAAAAAGAAUGACUGCAAUUUUAUCAUCAAUAACUCCUAGGCCUACUAGUAAGAUGAGUUCACAUACAAUUUUACCUAUUUGUUGA